UUUGUGUUAAAAUUGUGGGUUCGUAUUAGAUUUCUCAUAUAUUGAGUUAACAAUUUCGUUUAUAUGGUUGUUACAUUAUAAAAGUACGAAUUUUGCUUAUUGCUCUGCUAGUUGUAUUCAUUUAACUGCAGUUUUGAUGUUUGUUUAAUGUAGUUGAACAUAGAAACCCAAAUAUCGAUUUGGGGAUUGUUUGGAAUGGUUUAUUUGAGCUUAUUUACUGGCAUAAGUUUUGUGAGACUGCUUGGGAGAAUUUAUGAAAACUGCUUAUGACAAUUUUCAGAAGCUUUUUUCAGCUUAUUUUCAUACGUUCUCUUGUAUAGCUUAUAAAUACAACUUAUAGCAUAUACAAAAAACAAUUUAACUUUAUUUUAUCAUUUUCUUUAGAUAUAGCUUAUGUGAGCUUAUACAUAAGCUUUUAUCGCUUAUCAUGAUAAGCGCUUGUGCUAUAAGCUGAAAAUAAGCUGUUUAUCCAAACAGGCCAUGGAAAAGAAUAUAUCAUUUGGUUUUCCUUUUCAUAAUCCAAAAGAAUUUUUAGAAGGUGUCAUUAGGUGUCUUGUCAAUCAAGUUUUCGCUACUAGGUAGUAGCUGCUAUUGCUUUAAAUUAUGAUGUAUUUCUGUAUAGCUAUAUAAGGACGCUGGAUUUUCUUGAUGUAUUUGUUUUAGAGUUGUCAUCCUUUAUUUGCUCUGCUGUGCUUGACUUAGUUUUAAGGUAUGUGUUGAUUUGAAAUAUGAAGUGUAUUCGUGAAUCAUGAUGGAGUGGCCUUGUCGCUAUUGUACUUUGUUCCAUGCUUUUGCGAAUAAUGCAUUGGAAAAGGAAAAGAUCUUUAUAACACGUUCAUAAGCACUUUCUUGUACUUGUGGAAAAUUUGUUUUAGUGUCUAUUUGCAGUACAAACGAGUCUUUAUUGGAGCUUGGUAACCAAUUGAAUUGACUAGCUUAAACUAUUCAUGAAGAGGAUAAGUUAUCACAACAUAUAUAAAUAAUCGAAGAGAGGAGAGAAGUGUUUGGUAGUUUAAGAGAACUUUGGGGCUUUUUGGCAUGUGGGAGGUCGCUGAGGGUCUGCAAGGGAAAAGUUUGCUUUGUUUAUAGAACAAAGGAUGGAAGCACAAAGCGCUCACCAUGGACAAAUAAUUGAAAUCAGUGGAGAACUCCCUGAUGUAGGAAGGAAAAUUUGUGGGGAAGCACCAUGUGAGUUCUCAGAUGCAGGGUCCAUUUCGAAGGAUUCUGAAGAACGAUCAACUUCUAUGCGAAAGCUUUUCAUAGCAGUGACACUUUGCGUUAUUUUCAUGGCCGUUGAGGUAGUUGGUGGUAUUAAGGCCAACAGUCUUGCAAUAUUGACUGAUGCAGCACAUUUGCUUUCAGAUGUUGCAGCAUUUGCCAUCUCCUUAUUUUCUAUUUGGGCUGGAGGAUGGGAACCAAAUCCUCGUCAGUCGUUUGGAUUUUUUCGAAUAGAGAUUCUUGGUGCUUUGGUUUCUAUGCAAUUAAUAUGGCUGCUUGCUGGGAUUCUUGUAUAUGAAGCCAUUGCUAGACUCAUUGCAGGUCCUCAAGAAGUGGAUGGUUUUUUAAUGUUUGUAGUUGCUGCAUUUGGUCUUGUGGUGAACAUCAUUAUGGCUUUGGUAUUGGGCCAUGAUCACGGCCAUGGCCAUGGACAUGAUCACGGCCACGGACAUGAUCAUCAUGGCCACAGCCAUGGUAUUUCAGUUUCUACCAAGCAUACAGAUGAGCAUCAUCACACACAUGGUGAUCAGACUCACCAUCAUGACAAUGAAAAGCAUUCGCAUGAUGAACACCACCAUACUCAUGAUGAUGUGCACCAUCAUGACCAUGACCACAAAGAGGUUACUGAACCACUUCUUGGUGAAUCAAAAGGCCGAUCCGAGAAGAAACGGAACAUAAAUGUACAUGGGGCAUAUCUCCAUGUACUUGGAGACUCUAUCCAGAGUAUUGGUGUAAUGAUUGGGGGAGCAAUCAUAUGGUAUAAACCUGAAUGGAAAAUAGUCGAUUUGAUUUGCACUCUAAUCUUUUCUGUAAUUGUCUUGGCCACAACUAUCAACAUGCUGAGAAACAUCCUGGAAGUCUUGAUGGAAAGCACACCACGCGAGAUAGAUGCUACUCAGCUUCAAAAGGGGCUAUUGGAGAUGGAAGAAGUAGUGGCUGUUCAUGAGCUGCACAUAUGGGCCAUUACAGUAGGGAAGGUAUUACUAGCUUGUCAUGUUAAAGUCAUUCCUGAAGCAGACGCUGAUGUGAUGCUUGACAAGGUCGUAGACUACAUCAGGAGGGUUCAUAACAUUAGUCAUGUAACUAUUCAGAUAGAACGCUAAUUUUUCAUUCUGAAUCUUUUUUUGUUUAGUGAUGAUUUGAUGGGAUGAAUUUAGUUUAGACUAUGGAUUUCAACUUUCUCUAUGACAAUAAAUAUUCUGUACACUACUUGUUUCUAGAAGUUUAAGAGUGUUGAUAUGAGCAUUGUUUAUAUUCAUGCCAAAUUUUUA